GUGGGAGUGAGCAGCUAUAUACGCAGGCUCUCCAGGAGGCGAUCAUCCAGGAGGCGAUCAUCCAGGCAGCAGGCAACCGCGGGGACUAACGCCGUCGGCAUCGGACUUACAGCCUUUCGCCAUUUACUCGUCACCUUGCGCUUCUUAUUGCCAUCACACGAGCAUAUAGGGUGCCGUUUUGCUGUGGUGCCAUCGCACAGCAUAGGAAUCGUUUCGCUAAAGGAAUCCACCAGCGUACACCAUGGCAGCGCUGACAGGGGGAGAUAAAUGCAUCAAAUACCUGCUGUUCACCUUCAAUUUCAUCUUCUGGCUUGCAGGAACUGCAGUUCUGGCCAUCGGACUGUGGCUGCGCUUCGACUCCAGGACCAAAGGCCUUUUUGAAGGGCAGGACUCUCCCUCCGUGUUCUUCACAGGAGUCUACAUCCUCAUUGCUGCCGGAGCACUCAUGAUGGUGGUGGGCUUCCUGGGGUGCUGUGGGGCGAUCCAGGAAUCGCCGUGCAUGCUGGGAUUGUUCUUCUUCUUCCUGCUUGUCAUAUUCGCAGCCGAGGUCGCAGCUGGAAUCUGGGGAUUCUCCAACCAAGACAAGGUGGUGAGCGAGAUCACCGAGUUCUACAGACAGACCUUACAGAAUUAUAAAGACACAAGGCAGGAAGCCCUGAAAGAGACCCUACGUCUCAUCCAGUUUGGGUUGAACUGCUGUGGGACAUCCAGUCCACCGCCUGAGUGGGUCAAGGAGACCUGCCCAAAAAAGGAAGGCCUAGAACAGUACAUUACCACGAUUUGUCCCACUGCCAUCACGGACAUCUUCAAUUCCAAGUUACACAUCAUCGGUGGCGUAGGAAUUGGAAUCGGGGUGAUCAUGAUCUUUGGAAUGAUCUUCAGCAUGAUGCUCUGCUGCGCCAUCAAGAGGUCACAGGAAGUGGUGUAGCGACUCCGCUGCCUCUGGCCAGGAGCCAGGCCUCACUGUUAAUUUAUAUUACGUCUGUCCUGAGAUCUCAGCUUUCAUUGCCCAUGUAAUUUCUAAUGUAAUAUUGAAGAGCCACCCAAAAAUGUAUGAAAACACACCCAAUAUCUAAUGACAGAAUCUGUACUAGAUGGACAUUGUGUGAAGCCGUUUAUCACAGACACGUAUUGCACACGUAUACGCAAACACAUACAUUAAACGCUACACAAUUAAUGCAUUUUGUAAUUAGUGAUCUGAAGGUGGCUUGUUUUCAGAAUGUUAAUCGUCUCCCCUUUAGACAGGGGAAGCCUUCAAAUUUGUUUUCCUGAUUUUUGUAUUUUUAACAGGUUUUUAAUGUAAUCAUUUGUUCUGCGGUAUGCUACUUGUGGAUGUAUUUUUUUCAUAUGCUAAAAUUAAUAUUGACUUUUGUAAAGCUUCAGUUUGAGUAACCUGAUUUAUAAAGAAUUGAUUUUUAUGUACCUAUUUCAUUGAACACUGGUGUAACAUUUAAAAAUGCCAAAUAAAAUUAAUAACCAGU